ACUACACUGACAGGUGGGCUUCUGGGAAAUGUAGUAGGAGAAUAAGGUCUUCAGAAUUCGCUCCACAAAAAGCUUACCAAAUAUACAACGGAAAUGCAAGAGGAGCUUUAAAGUUUGUUUCCUGCCAGCAACUCAAAGUGUCAAACUACAGGACAGAAGGUGAACUGUGGGGUGAACAGUGACAGUACUGUUGCAGUUUGUGGCAGAAUCUGACUGGCAGGCACAUGAACAAAAUUGCAAAACUGUUCAGAACAUACUACAGAGAACCUGCUCUGACAGAGGAGCAAAAGUGACUCAUCCUAGUUCCUAGCAGGAAGUUGAGGGUACCGAGGGGAGAUGUUGCUGGUGUUGGUGUCCCUGCUUUGCUGUGUCCCUGCUGCCAAGGCCUGUUUGCAGUGUGACCUCAGGGUCAGGCUCCUACAUGAGGACUUAGUCCUCUCUGCUCCUACUGUGGACAACCAGAUUGAAUUGAAAAAGAUUUGUGACCAUGCCUAUGUGACCUACAGAGAGACCAGCCAGAUACGAAAGGGAGUCAUUGAUCCCACCACUCUGUACAGAGCCACAACUGAGUACCAGAGUGAAUUUGAACGCUUCUUGAAAACCAAGGACACUGGAUCUGUAACAUUCGAAGCCAUUCAGAUCAUGGAGAAGGGCAGGAAGAUCUUAGAGAAACACUUGGACACAUUCAUCCGUGAUGGAUUGUGUCCCAACAAGUGUGGGCGUUUGAAACGGAGAGUAAUGGAUUGCAUCUCUUGCCACUACAAGAUAUACAUCUGUCCCUCUCCUUCUGGCCAACAGGAUUGCGGUGAAUAUCCAGUGCAGGCUGAGGAGGGAGGCCAGGCAGUGUUGAACUGUUUCCUUCCAUGGCAUCGUCUACUGUUGGGAAGACCAGAGUACCACUACUCCUGGGCCCCUGGUGUGCCAGGAACGGAAAAGCUGACUGAGAGCAACUUCAAAGCCUUGGUAGUGACAGACGACUCAUCUGUGGUCUUAAAUCAGCUGCAUGUGGAUGAACAAGGAACGUAUCGCUGCUCUUUGCAGGACGAAAAUGGAACCGUCUUCUACCGAGUCACUUUCCUGCUCGCUGUCACCCCUUUGCCUGUCCAAAUUCACCGACCUGUCAUCACUCUGCCCUCCCUGCCUCAUGGAGACAACUACUCACCUUUUCUACCUACUGAGGAGGGCCUGCUGAUGCCAGUCAUCGCCAUGUUUACUGCUCUGAGUCUGGCAGCCUGCGUAGGCAUUACAGUUGUCCUGGGGUGAGAGACAAUUUAUUAUAAAUCAGAGGAGAGCCGUGAACAAGCCGAGAAGAAAGAGGAAGGAGGAAAACCACACACAAAACACGGUGUGAUGGAGACACUGCGCACAGUAAACACACACUCUAAAGACAGGGAGGUUUUACUCAUUUCAGGUUGGACAUUUCUCUCUGUGGUUAAAUAAAUUUCCAGCACAAAGUGCCAAGUCA